AUCAUUUUGCUCGCAAGCUAAGAUGAUAACUAACAAAUAUACAUGUUUUGGUGGUUAUUAUAGUUCUAUAUAUAUAUAUAUUUUUUUUUUACUGAACACAAUACGGAGUGAAACAGGAUAUUAACCGGCAGGAACUCGGACUCGGAACAGUUUGCGACCAAAACGACAAGAAGCUAACGUUAGCUCCGCUGGCGGUAACGACGAUGUUAGCGUAUUGAUAUCCCUCUAGUUUAUAUUAUCAUUAAAAAAAAAAAAAACAGAAUGGACCACGGAAACCCAGGCAACACAAUGGAGUCACAGCAAUGUGAAAAAUGUGGACAGAGUUUCUCAGACAAUGGCUUGUUUGCCUCUCACCCCUGUUCAGAUAGGAUGACUACUCCUUCCAGUCAAAAACAGUUGGGGGACUACAAGUGUUCUCAGUGCAGUGAGGCUUUUUCCACACCGGCUGUCCUGAAACGGCACUUUAAAACCGUCCACAGUGGACUUGACCCCAAAGGCCCAUUCCCCUGCGCUGAGCACGGCUGCCGGUUCAGCAGCACAGAGCGUCAGGAAUAUCAAGCCCACUUGACGUCCGCACAUGGUCUCACUCUUAUUCCUUGCACCCUCCAGUCCUGCAAAGCGUCGUUCCUCACACAGGGUGAGAUGGAGAGACACUUGCGGGGCCACAUGCCCUUCGGCUGCUUUCAAUGUCAGUUUGUCACUCAAAAUGAAAAAGACCUGAGUGACCACCUCUUGGAGCACAACCAUCUGCCAACUUGUGCUCAAGGCAACGAGACUGCAGCCACAGCCGUAUGCCCUAAUGAAAGCCGCCAGCCUCCGGUGUCCGGCAGGCCAAAAAGAAAACGGAUAUCCAAGCCAGGUUAUGCAUCAUCAUUACCAGAUGACAGGAAUGAGGAACGGCCUGAGAGGCCCAAAGUUAAAAGAGUGAGGAAGGCAGUGGAAAGAGACAAACCUUCAGCAGUGGACGCUGCACCACUGCCAUCCAAAGAGUACCUUGCAGAGGGAUCAGAGCACAUCUAUCGCACCCACACCUGCCCCAAGUGUCGCCGCUGCUUCAAGAUGCGCUCCCACCUGCAAGAGCACCUCCAUUUACAUUUCCCUGAGCCCAGUCUCCAGUGUCCCACAUGCAAGCGUUACUUCACCAGCAAGAGCAAGCUACGCACACAUAGACUCCGUGAGGCAGGUGAAAAGGUUCACCGUUGCCACUUGUGUCAGUAUUCUGCCGUGGAGCGGAACGCAAUCCGCCGUCACAUUGUCAGCGUGCAUGCCGAAGACGCAGAAGAUGGCGUAAACAGCUAUCCAUGCCCCACUUGUGGUCAAAGCUUUUGCCAGAGCAGGUUGCUUAAGGCUCACAUGAAGACGCACAACGUCCUGUCAGACAACAAGCCAUUGGCCUGUUUCCAAGAGGGUUGUUCUUUCCAGAGUUCUUUGCGCAAAGAACUUCUCAGACACACUGCUGAAGUGCACGGGGUCAGGGCUUUAGAGUGUCGUCAUCACGCCUGUGGUGCCGUCUUUCAAAGUGAGACGGACAUGGAGGCUCAUUAUCGGACGCACCUUGCCUACCACUGCUCAAAGUGUGACUUCUCUUGCUCCAAUAAGACAGUCUUCCUUCAGCACCAGCGCCAUGGUCACCCAGGAAGUGACAAGCUUUGCUGUGACUUUUGCUCCUUUGUCACAUUUAACCCCGUAGAGUUUGAGCAGCACAUUGGACAUUUGCACGCCAACGAGAAGAUCCAUCACUGCUCUCAGUGCAGCUACAUGACCUCACAUAAACGUGGCUUGAAGCGACACAUGUUGAUGCACAGUGGUGAGAAGCCCCACAAGUGUAGCCUGUGUGACUUCAGGUGUCGAGAUGAAUCCUACCUCUCUAAACAUAUGCUCACUCACUCAGACGACAAGAACUUUAUGUGCGCUGAAUGUGGAUACGUCACAAAAUGGAAACACUAUCUGAAUGUCCAUAUGAGGAAACAUGCUGGAGACCUCAGGUAUCACUGUGAUCAGUGCCCCUACCGCUGUCACCGCAUGGACCAGCUCAAUAGCCACAAAUUACGACAUCAGGCCAAAUCACUCAUGUGUGAGAUCUGUGCUUAUGCCUGCAAGCGCAAAUAUGAGCUUCGCAAUCACAUGUUGGCCAAACAUUCUGAAGAGGACAAACAGCCAUCGGUUUAUAAGUGCAAAUACUGCACAUACACUACUUGCUACCGACAAGCCCUUCAAAACCAUGAGAACUGCAAACAUACCAAGCUGAAAGAGUUUCGGUGUGCCCUCUGCUUUUAUUCCUCCUUCAGUAGCAUCAGCCUCUUCCUGCACAAGAGGAAAGCUCAUGGGUACGUACCAGGGGACAAAGCAUGGCUAGAGAACUAUGCUGCAAAGGAAAAGGAGAGGAACUCAACUGAGUUCUUGCAGAGCUUCUACAACAAGCCCUCAACAGCUCAUGAGCAGUCUGAACAAUCAACUUCUGAAGGGCCUCCACCAUCUCAAAGAGAACAAUCUGAUCUUUCUGGUUCAGCAGAUCACAGUGCCAGCAAAGAAACUGUAACUGAUUCACAAACUGUUGAUUCUGUGGAUGUUUUUGAUGUUGUUUCUCAAGAAGUUGUCAAUGAAGGUAUUUCAGAUAGUCCUCCAUCUGCGAACAAUCCUGAGGAGUACUGUACUCUUGUUUUAACGACACUAGCAACCACUGACUAUCAGACCCCUUCUUUACAAAAUAAGGAAGAACAUUGUGCAAAUCAAACUUCAAGCUCACCCAAUUUAACCUGUAAUGCACCGGACAUAUCACAAGAGAAGGCAGACUUCUCCACAUCUUCAUCAGAGGAAGACAAUGUAGCUAUGGCAGAUGCAGAAUGUGAACAAAGUGACUUAGAGGACAACUGUGAGCCUCCGAAUAAUACAACUCAACCUGGGGAGUGUCUGCAGUCUCAAGCACCUGAGGGGGAGGAUGAUGAUGGGACAAUCAGUUCCGCUUUUCCAUCUGAGCAAAAUCAUCCAUUAGAAUCUGAACUCCGUCUGAAGGCAAUGAAGAAGCACGACAAGGACCAAGCAGAAGCCAUGGUUUUGGAGGGACGGGUGCAGAUGCUUGUGGUGCCAACUAAAGACGUUUUUCGCUGUGACAAGUGUCCUUAUGUAACCAGUAAGGAGACCACUUUGAAGUACCACUGCCAGGCUUUGUGCCAUGGUAGGAUAAAGGGACACAAGUGCCAGGCCUGUGGUGCACAGUUCAAACAGAAACGAGGCCUUGAUAGCCACCUUGCAAAGAAGUGCCCAGCACUUCCGCGAAAAGCAAGAACAUUUGGAAUUUCAAGUACAUGUUUGGCUACAGAGGACAACCCUAUUGUAAGUCAGGAAGGAUCAAAACAGCUGGAUAAGGGAACAAAUCCCAAUCAGACAGUGCCCCUAUCUUCACAACAUAGGAUUUGCACAGAUUCAAAUGAUCAGGAAUUUCAUAAUCAAGAAGUAUAUACAUCUCAUUUAACCAAAUCUAAAAACAAAAAUCAGACCAAAAAAGGAAAAAAGCAGUUAUCUUUCAGUACUAAACAAAUGAUUGUUCCACUGCAGUCCCUUUACACAAAAAAAGAUGGGAAAUUCAAAUGCAAGCAGUGCAAUUUUUCAUCAGUCAAGCUUGCAACAGUUGAACGCCAUCUCUCAACCUGCAGAAAAAGGAAACGCGAGGACCAGAUAAUUUCAGAAGUAGAUGAUGAGUGCGGUAACGAGUCUGUCAAAGAAAAAGAGGACGUGGUGGAAGAGCACAAUGAAAGAACUGGGAAAGUUUCUGUGAAACAUCAGAUCUUCUCUUGUCCAAGCUGUGCAUUUAAAUGCAACCAGAAAAGGGCUUUAGACAGUCAUGAAAAGAGAGGUUGUUUGAAGCCAGAUGAAAUCCAGUGCAGCACGUGCUCAUUCGUAGCCAAAUCUAAAAUUUCUUUGACUCGUCACAUCUUGUACGUCCAUAACAAAAAAAAGUUUGGUGUUGCUAAACCUAAACAUUUGCAUUGCCAGCACUGUACUUUCACCUGUAAACAAGAACGAUGCAUGGCCCAACAUGUUGCGCUCAAGCACAACGGUGCGCAACCUCACCAUUGUCAAUAUUGUCCUUUUAGCACUACAAGGCGCUAUCGCUUGGAAGAGCAUGAGUCUCUUCACACAGGACUCGGCCGUCACAGCUGUGAUAUGUGCGACAAAACCUUUGGUGCUGUGACCAAAUUGCGUCAGCAUAAGAUGCGCAUCCACGACAAACAACCUACACACUUCUGCUCGCUCUGUGACUUCAGUGGCUACACGCUUGACGAUGUAAGACGGCACAAUCUCAGAUGCCACACGGGGGAGUUGCACCAUGCUUGCACUCAUUGUGAGGCUCAGUUCAGUUCAGAAGUUGCACUAAGAAACCACUGUAAACGUGUGCACCAGCUCCAGGUGUGUUUCUCAUGUAAGCAGUGUGACUUCACAUGUAGCAGCGAGGUCACACUGAAGACCCACCAAGAGAGCAAGCACCCACAGGUAAAGUGCACCACCUGCCAGGAGUCUUUCAGGACAAAGGAAAGCCUUGUGAUUCAUCAGAGAACCCACAUGGCACAUCAGUGUCACCUGUGCCCCUUUGCUACCAGAACAAGGCAGCUGUUAGCUCAGCACCUUCUGAAUGAACAUGAGGAGGGAUCUCCAGAGGACAAGCCUCUCAAAUGCAACUCCUGUCAGUUUGCUUGUCGGCAUCAGCUGGUGUUAGAGCAGCACCUCCGUUCACACGGAGGCAAGCGUCUGUACAAAUGCACAGACUGCGAGUAUUCAACCCGGAACAAGCAGAAGAUCACGUGGCACAUCCGCAUACACACUGGGGAGAAGCCUUACAGCUGUGAGCAGUGCAGUUACACCUGCGCUGAUCCGUCCAGGUUGAAGCUUCACAUGAGGGUUCACCAAGAUGAAAAGAAGUACCUUUGUCCACAGUGUGGCUACAAAUGCAAGUGGGCGACUCAGCUGAAGUACCACAUGACCAAGCACACAGGGGACAAGCCGUAUGCCUGUGAUGAGUGUGACUACCGCACUAACAGAGCGGAUGCUCUCCGUGCCCACCGGGACACGCAGCACUGUGACGUGCGCCCUUAUGUCUGUGAGAAAUGCGGCAAAGCCUUCAAGACUAGUUUUAUACUGAAGACCCACCAGCGUCAACACAGUGACGAUCGGCCAUACACGUGCGGCCUAUGCCACAAGGCCUUCCGGUGGCCGGCGGGUCUCAGACAUCACUACCUCUCACACACCAACCAGCAACCUUUCUCCUGUCACUACUGCUCCUACAGAGCCAAACAGAAGUUCCAGGUGGUCAAGCAUUUGCAGAGGCAUCAUCCAGAGAAGUCCGUAGAGCAGGGGGUGGUGAGGGACUCUGAGGCUGUUAGCCUGACCCUGAAGGAGGCCUUGCAAGGGACACUUGAUGAGAAAGCAAGAGAAGUGGAAGAGGAGGAAGGGGUGGCUGAUGAAGUACAGGAAGUAGUUGAAGAGGUGGUGCAACAAGGGGAAGACGGCGAGACAAUGUGUUGAAGAGAGGGCACAAUAGAUGCAGUGGUCAGUUCAAGUGUAGAUGGCUAUCAUUGCCAAAACGGGGUUAAUUUAUCUGUCAAUAUUUAUAUUGGACCACUUCAUUUUAUUGUACUGCUGAGGCUAAUAAAACAUGUUCAAAGGAA